GAAAUCAAUGCCCCCCAAAGCCAUCAUGGACAAUCGACGCUAUUGAGACGUCCAACUGCGAAAAGCACGCAGACGGGCGCAGCAGUAACGUAAGGUUUGUGAGAAGGUUUAUAAUCCAGCACCUAUUUUGAACACCUGGAAGAAAAUAAUGAGUCCCAAGUGGCGCAAAAUUUCUGAUUAAUUGUUCAUGAUUUUUGACAUUUUUCUUCUGCCACCUGUUAUUUUCAUUGACUUUGCCUUCUAUAGAUGCUCCCGCUAAAAGUCGAGCGAUAGGAGUGGCCACCGCAAGUGAGAGUUCGAGUGCAACAAGUGCAGUACGCUAGCUGCGAGAGGCACAACAGUGAGGAGCACCCCAAUCUAGGUUCAACAGUCUCGCUAGACAAAAUUCCCGGCAUCGAUUGACCGUAGAGUUUUGCCGAAAGCAUAGAAAAAAGCGCAAUUUCAAUGUUGCAAAUUGACCAGAGUAAUCUUUUGAUCGAGAAAACGUUGACGGAGCGGGUCUUUGUUGACCCUGAGGCCCCGCCGAAAUCGUUGGACAGAAUUAUCUCCGACUUCGACUUCACGACCUACCACAUAUCAACAUUUCCAGAUGACAAGGCGUUAUUGUUGAUAUCUGUUUACUUGCAAUGUUGGGACGACUUGCUGAAGUACGGCGUUUCGGCUUACUUGGAUAAGAAAUAUGCCUCCUUCUCACAGUACUUGACGAUCUUGCCCAAGGCAGAUGUGGAGACAGGCUAUAAUUACUCGUUUGUGUUGAAUCUUUCCGAGUUGACUACUGCACUGGAAGACAUCAAGAAAGAGGUGGUGCUGGAGUUGGCCUUGUUGAAAAGACACGCCAUUGCCUCUGCUUUCGAGAAGGCGUUUCUGCGUUACGACGAGCUAGCCGAACAAUACGCCAACUCGAACACUUAUGCCGAGGAUAUUCAAGCCGAGUUGUUUAACGAGCCCACGCUUGUGAUCAAGUACCGCGGAGAGGACGAGUGUAUCUUUAUCAAGCCCUCAUUUGACAGAGUCACUGUGAUCUUCUCAACCACUUUCAAGGACGACACGGACAAGAUAUUUGGCAAAGUGUUCUUGCAAGAAUUUGUUGACGCCAGAAAGAGAUCGGUGCAAACAGCCCCACAGGUGUUGUACACCGAUAAAGAACCACCUUUGGAUAUCCAGAACGUGACAAUGAAGCGUCUGGACUCGGACAACAAGGGAUAUGUGACGUUUGUGUUGUUCCCACGGCACCUUGUUCGUGGUGAACGCAGAGAGAACUGUAUAUCACACAUACAGUUCUUCAGAAACUACUUCCACUACCACAUCAAGUGUGCCAAGGCAUACAUGCACUCGAGAAUGAGAUUUCGGGUAAAGGAGUUCUUGAAGGUCUUGAACCGAGCCAAACCCGAAAACAUCGACGAUGAAGGCAAGACGUUGGAAAACAGGAAGACUGCAAGCGGCAGAAAAUUUGAUUCGGGGCGUGCUUGAGUUGACAGGUGCGCUCUGCAGCAGAUUGACAACAGAGGCAAACAAAGGAGAGGAUACUAGAGGAGAGGAUAC